AUGGUAUUCCCAGGAUUUGUGCAGGGUGGCACAGCCACAGGACUCACCCAACGUACCUCGUCCAGUCCUGAGAAGACAAAAGCCUUCGGCUUCACCCCCAACCCUGUCGGGCUGUAUGUGCUCAUGUACCCGAGCAUGGACAUGCCCACGACCACUUACCACCAGCAGACGGCACAGGAAUAUGUGUCCGUGGUGUUCUCCAGCUCCACCACCCACCUGUAGACCUCUCAGACAACCAAGAUGGUGGGAGAGGAAGUAGUGACAAGGAAGUCGUCCAGCACAGUGUUGUUCUCCACCAGACCUGGAAUUCCAGCACCCUGGAAUAAAGCAGUGUUCAGGGAGCCCUGGUGCAGGAAAACCUCAAACUCACCAUGUCCUGAAGAGGGGGAGGGGAAAAUAGCUAAGACCUUCUACGACAAAAUCUACAAGGAACAUCUGAUCCAUCUGGAGCAGCUGACCUCAGAUAAUUCAGACAAGAACAGGUGUGUUGCAAGCAAUGAGUACACAGAUGCCAUUACACCAUCCCUGCUGGUAACAGAGGGCAAGCCUAGAAGGAUGCUGGGGAUUUGGGCUGAGGUACCCAAGAAGGACUUUGCAAAGGUCUACACGGAGUUAAGUUUCCCUGACUUGGGAGAGCUGCUCAAAAAGCUCAAAGGCAUGAGGAAAGUGGAAGUAGGGGUCAUUAGGAUUUUAAAGGCACCAGAAGACAUAGAGACCAAAGUUGACACCACCGCGGUCUUUGACCGCAUUGUGGAGCUGAAGGACCCCAACAUUGAAAUGAUAGGGGUCAUGGACACUGAGCUUUUCAGGAUCCAGCAUUCCCUGGGAAAGGAGCAUGUGAGGAAGGUGGGUACCAAGUACAUGCUGGUUAUUACCAACAUAAACAUGAGCAAUGCCAGUGUCUACAGCCUGACUGUGGGAGACAACUGGAUGAGUGCUGUGCUCUCUGCUGCAAAUGAGCCACUGAAGUUCACGGAAGAAGUGAAACUAGAGAUGGUGACAAUACAGACAUUGGUGAUGGAGACCCGCCACACCGAGAAAGAGACUGAUUUUGUGCGGAAGUUCAACAGGAAUGAGCUGAAGAGGGGUGACAAGUAGGAGAUCUCAGGCCGUGAGGUUGGUCUGACCUAGACACUUAAGAUCAAAGAUGCUAGACUCGGCAACAGUGGCAAGUUCUCUGCCCAAGUGACCGAGAAGGAGCAUGUGUCGGUGGAGCACAGAGAAGACCAGUACACCAUCUCCGAUUGUGUACAUAAAGACAUCAAUUUGGUCCUGCUCAAGCUCAAGAAUAACAGUCACACAGCAACUGCUCCUGGUGUGCACCUCAAUAUGCUAGAUUGUCCGAAGCCUCGCCAAGGCCAAGUGCAGUUCCUGGAGCUCUUGGUUGACUGUGUGCACAGGAAAUGGAAGGCCCACCUGUAAAACAGUUCAUAGUAGAAGUACUGGAUUAAGACAAGAGAGAUGGAUGACAAAGUGGCCAACUUCACCACCCAAGCAAAAGAGGAGAAAACUUACACACUCUGUAUUCUUUCAGAGGGUGGCAGUAACCCAACUGAGACCGAGAAAGUCUUUGCAGCAAAUCCAAUAGAACCCCCUGGCCUUGCCUCUCAGCCUCAAGUGGCUGAUGUGACCAGGGAAUUGGUGACCAUAACAUAGAAUAUCCCUGCCCAGGAUGGGGCAGCAGUGCUUGGCUACUUUGUCAAGUGGAGAAAGAAAGGCAAUAAUCUGUGGAUGCCAGUCAACAAGGACCCCAUCCAGGGUGAGGUGCUUGGAACAGAGAGUAUAUUCUGGAUGGAGGACACAGAAUGUAAAUUCCCAGUUAUAGCUGUGUAUAAGGCCACCCUAGGACAUCCCAGCAUGCCAAUCAGUUCAGUGGUAGCCAAGGACCCUGUUGAAACUCCAGGCCUGGUACAGGGCCAAAGUAUGUCUGAUUCCUGCAACUCAAGCAUCUCCCUUGGCUGGUGUGAGCCUGUAGGGGACCCACCAUCCAGCUACAUCCUUGACAUGAGAACUGAAGGCAGCAAACAGAAGAGCAAGUACAUGGACGACCCCAUCUCUGAUAUCUGCUACACAGCAGGGAUCCUCACCAAGAAGCAGAAAUACUUCUUCCAUAUCCGAGACAUCAAUGAGGCUGGGGUUGGAGACCCUGUGGAGCUAGAUGAGGGCCCACGCGACACCACUAUCAGCCAGACAGUGGUGGGUGCUGGGACGGCCCUCUGCGCCUAUGCAGCCUUCUCUGGCUCACCACUACCUGCUGUGACCUGGCAGAAAGACAGCAUUACUAUCAAGGGCUGGAAAACCACCACCAAGGUCAAAAACUAUCCCCAGUUCCUCAUUAGCAGCACCAAGUGUUCCGACUAAGGAGUGUGUCGGACCUUGCUCCAGAAUGAGUGUGGAGGCGCACACUAUGGUGUCUACAUGCCAGUGGUAGUGACUCUGACCUGGAACCACAAUGCUGAUGUCCAGGAAGACGGUGAUGACCACUAUGUCACCGGCUGGUUCACUGCAGCCAAGCGUGUCUUCAGCAACAAGUGUAUGGUACCAGGCAGGAAAUGCUACUUCAGACUGGUGGUUCAAAAUGAAAUGGCUGACAGCGACCCACUGCACUCCAAGAAUACCUGGCUUGUCAAUAAGGACCAGAGUGAAUACAGGACUGGGGGCCUGCUCGGGAAGACAGGCACUAUGCACUCCUCUUUCCGAUCCACUGUGAUCUGUGGCCAGGACUACACCAUCAGGCACCUCCUUGGGAACCCAUGGCUCAUGGUGACUACCUACAAGGGUGAUGUCAACAUCACUGCCAAUUCCAAGUUCUGGCACAACUCCAGCAGCACUGUGUGUACCCUGGUCAUCCCCACCUGCACACUGAAGGACAGUCGUGAAUAUGCACUGAAGAAUGAGCUAGGCAAGGACCAUAGCAGCUGCGUGGUCACUGUCUAUGCAUCCAUCACUGAGAAUCUUCGGAAGGUGGAGGACCUCAUGCGAGCUGGAGGCAUCAGCGUCAGCUGUGGUGAUGUGGGGCUUUUCGGCCAGUCUGCCUUCCAGGACGUGCGUCACUGUAAGCGUGCAGGUGAAGGUGUGGAACAAGAAACUCACGGAGCUCACCCUCCCUGCUCCUGA